AAAAAUUACAUAGUUUUGUGUUUUAUGUUGUGUAUGUCUCUUACUGAAAUACUUCUGCUAAUCAACUGUGGCCCACUAUUACUUAAAAUUGUGUCCAUUAAUGCAGAUUGUCAUUCUUACUACUUUUGAGUCCUUGCGGAUUGUUGACAUCCGCAAUGAGGUCAACCCCACCCUUUCUCUUAGCUUAAGACUUCUCUCUAUUCCUUAGAAGUGGCCUACAUAAACAAAGCUAGACAAGAAACAAUGGGAACAUGAGGGCAAAUUAAACACGACUAAAUGACUAAUAAGAAACCCCUGAACCUAAUGAAUACAGUGAACCAAUCAAAACAUGACACAUAAGACAAAGGAACCUGGUGUGUUUAACUUCAUGCAGUGCUGCGCAGACCGAUGGGCAUCUGACUCGAAGCAGUGCAUGCACUGAAAAUGAUCAAAUAACUUAUGUGAAGAGUGUAAAUCCAACCACUGCUAAAACCAUAAACUGAUCACCGGUCUGGACUUUUGAUGUACCAGCAACAAUCUAAACAUUUCAAAAGCUGCAGAAGUUUUCCAGCAGCACCCACUGACCAAAUGAACAAGCCCCUGAUGAAUUUCAGACUGAGACACUGAAUGAUUGUCUAAAUAUGCGUAUUUAAACCCAAUUCAAAUUAACUUAAUCCACACUGUUGAGAAAGAAAAAAAAAAUCUAGUGUACUUACGUGGUGAGUUCCUUUUCACAUAAAUACUUAAAACAUUUCCACAAAAAAACAAAAACAGUUCCUUUGUGCAUAAAUACCUGACACACAAACAUAGAUGAGGAACAAAACACAGUCCACUACAGGAGAGAAACUAGAGAUAGUUUGUUGGCAUCUUUACAACACCGAAACUCUCUGAAAGUGUAAAGGAAAAUAUAGAAAAAAAGAACAACUUGCAAAAUGCACAGAAAAGAUGGACAAACCACUGAUGAUGUCUACGAAAAUUAUGACGUUAUUAAAGUUAACAUUGAAAAAAAGAUCACAGACUCAACGCAAGGAAGAUCAUCUGAAUUCACAGAAAGUGAUUGUGUGAUGAUCAGAAGCUCCAGAGCAGCUGCAGUGUGUUUGGUGCUGCUGUGUGUUCUUCUGCUGACUGCAGUCAUAGUGCUGUGUGUCAUGUUUACUCAAGAGAGACUACAGCUCAUAUCCAAGAAUAAAAACCUGACCAGUGAGAGAGACCAGCUAAUAUUCAAGAAUGAAAAUCUGACCAACAGGAGAGACCAGCUAAAAAAUGAACUUCUGAUUCUUGAUGGAUGGACUUACUACAAAUCCAGAUUUUACUACAUGCCGAAUGAGAUGAAGAACUGGACUGAGAGCAGAAGAUACUGUACAGAGAGAGAAGCAGAUCUGAUCAUCAUAAACAACAGAGAGGAACAAGAUUUUGUUAAUAAAAUGUUUGGUGGUACUACAGCCUAUAUUGGUCUGACCGACAGUGAUGUGGAGAACACAUGGAAAUGGGUUGACGACACCAACAUGACCUCUGGCUUCUGGGGAUCUGGAGAGCCAAAUGGAGGUAGAGCAGAGAAUUGUGCUGUGAUUGUGGAUCAAGACCAAAGGUGGCCAACUUUAUUCGGGUGGCAUGAUGUUCUAUGUAAUAGAGAUUUCAAAUGGAUCUGUGAGAAGAAUAUUUCACAACUCAUACUGCCAUAGAAACAACACACACCUUUUUGGCACAAGUUUAACACUAAAAACUCCAGAGGUGUCUUCCAUUCGACCAGAAAUGACUUACAAGUGAACUUCACAGAGUAUUCUGCCAUAUCAUGUGAGAUUCCAAUCUGAAGGGAAUGAUCUUCAGUUAUUAUUUGUAGAUUAUUCAGUUCUACAUCACCAGUAAUUGCACAUCACUCCAGUACUUAAAAUAAAGACAUUUGAAUAAAAUAAAGUUGUUAAAAAGG